UUCAGAGUUUGUGAAUUGUGUUAACUUUUUUGUUGGUUACGAAUAAAGCACCAUCUUCGAGCUCCCCAUCGCUAAAUUUCUUCGUGUAAGAAACAUUUCCGUAGGAAAAACAGCUACCGAAGGCACCAACCGCGCUUUUCUUGGUCGGUGAAAAAAGUGGUCGAGGGGUGCAAAAACAUCGCUUCCAGUAUUUUCAAACGCACUGUCCCCGUCCCACCUCUAGUGUCAGAAACGUGGUUUGUUGGAAGCAAGACGAGAAGGUAGACGUUGCUCUGUGACUUGUGUGAAUUCAGCUAAGGAAAAUUGUUGAGCGGAGGAAAAGCAGCGACGGCUUGAUACACAACUAAAGCGAUACGAUGGAAGAUCAAGGCAACGCAGCUCCCGCCGCCGCAGCGGAGAAUGGCGCAAACACCGCGCAGGAGGUGUCUUCGACAACUCAGCCCAUAGAGCCCACAAAACGCGCGCUUCGCGUUCAAACUUGGAAGAAGAUCCAGGAGGGCAAGGUUGGCAUUGGAUUCAACAACAUCUUCAACCGGAUCCCAGGGUUCGUGGAUGCCGAUAAGGCUGCUGCAUUGCUAAUCAACGAGGACGAGUUCAAGAAAGCACAGCACAUCAAGGUAAACAUCGACCGCGCCUUGCACGACUUCAAGGAACAGGCGUUGCUGGCCGACAAGUCUGUUUACUUGCCCAGUACUCGAGACUCCUCUGCGCUGUGCCUCAAGGUUGAUGUGCCGGCCGAUGCCACCGAGGAGCAGAAGAAAGAUGCUCUGCGCGUCCAGGAUAUCCAGAAGUUCCGUACUGAAAUCGGACUGGAUAGCGGUUUGAAGCUGGAUAUCGUAGUAAUUGGAUCCGUCGUGGUGUCUCGCGAUGGCUACCGCAUUGGACGCGGAAAUGGAUUCGCCGAUCUGGACAUCGGACUCCUCGUAGAGCUGGGAGCCAUCACACCGGAAACAGUUAUUGCCACGAUCGUGCAUGAUCUGCAGGUGGUGGACUCACUACCCUUGAAUUUGUUCCAGAAGUAUGACACUCCAGUUGACAUCAUUGUAACACCCUCUGAAGUGAUCCGCGUGGCCAAGCGCUUGCCCCGACCCAGUGGAGUUUUUUGGGAGCUUCUUUCCGAGCGCCGCCUGAAAAUUUUGCCUGUGCUGCAGCAGCUUAAGGAACGGGAGGAGAAGGCUGGAAAAUCGAUAUCGUUGAAGGAGGAGGAUACCGACGUAGAGCAGCAUCAAAACAACCGACGCCGUCGUGGGCCCGUGCGUCGUCGCUUCCAACGAGGAAACCCAGGACGCACCACCUCACAGACUGACAACGAACAGCAAGGCGAGACAACGCAGAAACGUACUCCGCGCCGCAAAGGUCGGUUCGUCACUCGCCGCAGACGCACAACCAAGUCUGAAGGCGAUCAGUCUGGAGUUGAAGGAGGUGCUAAGAGUGAGGAUCGUAAGUUCGAAGAGGCUGGCACUGGAGAGCGUCGUCCGAAAAAGAACAAGAAUCGCGGUCCUCGUGAUUUUUGCAUUAAGUUGACGAACUUGACCCGGGACAUACGCGUCAAGGACUUAAAAUCAGAACUCCGCAAACGUGAAUGCAAUCCGAUGUCGAUAACUUGGAAGGGUCACUUUGGAAAGUGCUUCCUGCACUUCGGAAACCGCAACGGCACACCCAGUACCCAGGACGACGUGGACAAGGUAUUGAAGUCUCUCAACGAUCUCUCGCUAACCAUUACCACCGGUGGCGAGACUGCCCCAGCUGCCGCUGCAGGAGCUGAGGGCGAUGCCGCCGUAAAAACUGAGCCAGCUGAGUCUGCGGCGCCUGUGCAGACCAAGACCAUUAAUGUCAAUGUCGAGCUGUUCAAGUUUGGCGCCAAGAAGAGUGCCAGCUCUACUGGUGCCAACGCCAGUGCAGGCGAAGACGGAAACGCCGCCGGCGGUGCGCAGAACGGAGGAGAGGCCGGCGCUGUGGCUGGCGGCGAAGGAGGUGGUGCACGCGUGGAGUCGGUCGACACUACCACAGUAUAGUAUGACUUCGCGCUUAGCGCAGCCACUGAACGGUCGCGGCGGACUCCCGCCAGCAGCGCAACGUUUGGAGUUCAACGAAAAAAAGUAACAUUUUGUUUAGAAAAAAUCGAAAAAUAUCAAACAAAUAAUGAAUAGAAAGCGAACGAACUCCAGACAAAAACACAAAAGUACACUCAACAUACACACUCACGAAAAACACACAGACAGUUACACUUGCAUACACUGAAGAUCAUGUUUUGCAGCUUGUAGUUUCUUCUUCUCCUUCAUUAUUCUAACAAACAUGAAGAACAAACGCAAAUUUUUCUAACGAAAACACAAACCAUUGACGCUUCUUCUAAACAAUUGCAUUUGUUUUUGCCUAAGAAAAACAAAACGAAAACUCGUUAAACAUUAUAAGGUUUUCAAGUUAAUUGAAAUGAUUGCAGAAAUACUCGUUCCACAAAUGCAGAGUGGAACAUCAUUUCUUCCAAAUAAUCCUUUACUAACUUCUUGUGACUUGUUACAAUUCUGAGUCAGGACACACUUUCAUAAAUUUUCAUCUCAACUUUUACACCCACACUUACUAAGAUCGCUUUUACCGUCUCUAUUAAGCAGUUGAGCUGCUUAUAGGGUAGGCAGUUGUGGGCGGCGUUAAAGUAAUAUUCAAAAAUGUAAUAAUCGAAAAGCCCAAAUAAAUGCAAAACAUCGUGAACACGAUAAGUGAAUUAACAAACUA